ACAGAUAUCCCCCAAAUGUCAGGACAGUACAGAUAUCCCCCAAAUGUCAGGACAGUACAGAUAUCCCCCAAAUGUCAGGACGGUAUAGAUAUCCCCCAAAUGUCAGGACGAACAGAUAUCCCCCAAAUGUCAGGACAGUACAGAUAUCCCCCAAAUGUCAGGACAGUACAGAUAUCCCCCAAAUGUCAGGACGGUACAGAUAUCCCCCAAAUGUCAGGACGGUACAGAUAUCCCCCAAAUGUCAGGAACGGUACAGAUAUCCCCCAAAUGUCAGGACAGUACAGAUAUCCCCCAAAUGUCAGGACAGUACAGAUAUCCCCCAAAUGUCAGGACAGUACAGAUAUCCCCCAAAUGUCAGAACAGUACAGAUAUCCCCCAAAUGUCAGGACGGUACAGAUAUCCCCCCAAAUGUCAGGACAGUACAGAUACCCCCCAAAUGUCAGGACAGUACAGAUAUCCCCCAAAUGUCAGGACAGUACAGAUAUCCCCAAAUGAC